UUGAUGCACAGAGAGGAGGGAGGCAAGCGUAGAAGGGAGGGCGAAGAAUAAAUCCUCACUACAUAAUCAUUAGAGCUCACAAGCCCUUCCUGUGACACGCCGCGUUGCACUUGUGCUGAGGAGUGUCUGGCGAGAGCCCCGCUGAUGGUGGACAGUGGGGCACAGGUGGGAGGAAAGGAGAGAAACCAAACACGGGACAGGAAGUGAGUAAACCAUCAAGACAACAAAAAAAAAAAAUCAGUUGAAAGGAAUUUUCCAAACUCAGACGGCGGUCUUGCUUACAUCUGUCCGGCUCCCUUGCCUGGGGCUUGCUUUGAUGGAGCCGGAGCACCAGGCGAGGGUGAGGAGGGGAGGCUGGAGGAAGAAGACGACCGGGGUCACCCUGAAGGAUCAACCUCAGAAGGACAGGUGUCCCCGCAGAAAGACGGAGUACCAUUCGGAGGAGGAUUGCCUUUGCUAAGUUUCUGCAAACGCUCUUUGGAGGUUUAUUUCCCCUUCCAAGCAUCGAUCCCGAGCCCAAGACCGGAAUUAUUAUUCUCCCAGAGGUGGUGAAACAGCUUUCAAAUAAAAGGCUUUGGCACGCUUGUCCCAUGUGGGACGUUUUUACCUGAAAUCGCUUUCCUGAGCCAUCACGUCUCACCUUCCCAACCGGAACAUUUAGCCUAAAGUGAGCGCGAAGAGCCACCAUGUGUUAAUUUGCUCGCUCUUGAUAUCGUUCCAUCACGUCGCAUCAUCAAGCCCCCUCCCACUUUCUCCCCCUUCUACCACCUCCAUCCCUCCUCCUCAGCAGCCAGUGAUAAUGUGACCUUCUGCCAAAAUGCUGGAAACCAUGCCGCCGCCGUCGCAGCGGGCUCCUCUGUUGCUGCUACUGAAAUAGACUCAAACAAGCGGGAGGAAGGGGCGCGGAAAAGAAAGAAGAGGGGAAGAAAGCGGAGGAUCAAGGAGAGGAAUGAGCGCUGACAGUUCCGGGCUGGAUGUGGAUCGCCGACACAGGCAAUAGGUGACUUGAGAUGGGCGUUCGUUUGAGCGCCUCCUUGUGGUGGCCGCCGCUGUUGCUGCUACUGCUCUAUAGCGCCACCCUCCGCUGCUCAGCCAGGCCCUUCGGGAUUCCGGCGCCCACCGUAAACGUGGCGGUUGUUUUCAGCGGCUCGGCCUACCAGUCGGAGAUCAAGGGGCGGCUGAGUCGUGAAAACUUCAUGGACCUGCCCCUGGAGGUGAACCCCAUCACUGUGCUGGUGAACAACACCAACCCCAGAGCGCUGCUCACCCGCAUCUGCGACACGCUGUCCACCAAUCGCGUCCAUGGCGUGGUCUUUGAGGACAACGUGGGUUCCGAAGCUGUGGCCCAGAUCCUGGACUUCAUUUCCACCCAGACCGGCGUGCCCAUUGUGGGGAUCAGCGGAGGCUCUGCUGUCGUCCUGCCUUACAAGGGCGAGGGCUCCAACUUCCUGCAGUUGGGCUCGUCCAUCGAGCAGCAGAUCAACGGCAUGUUCAAGGUGAUGGAGGAGUACAACUGGGACAGCUUUGUGGUCAUCACCAGCCUGUACCCGGGCUAUGAGGCCUACGUGGAUUACGUCAAGGCCUACAUUGACACCAGCUACUUCAUGUGGGAGCUCCAGGACGUGCUAACGUUCGACAUGUCCGCCGACACCACCAACGACAUCCGGGCGCGACGGCUGUUGCAGCAGAUUGACGCCCAGGUGCUCCUGGUUUACUGCUCCCACGAGGAGGCCCAGUACCUCUUCACCAUGGCCGUCGAGGCCGGACUGGUCGGGCCGGGCUACAUCUGGAUCAUCCCCAGCUUGGCGGUGGGCAACCCAGACAUGUCACCACCCGACAGCUUCCCAGUGGGGCUCAUCAGCAUCAUCACCGACCGCUGGAGGCUGAGCCUGAGGAAGAGGGUGCGGGACGGCGUGGCCAUCGUGGUGAAGGGCGUGCAGAGCUACCGCAAGCAGAGGGGCUUCUUGCCGGAGGGACACAACGACUGCCACAAUCCCGUCAAGACCCUGGCGACUAACGACACACUUUUCAGGCACAUGCUGAACAUAACCUGGGAGCACAACGACUUUUCCUUCAAUGCCAACGGCUACCUGGUGAACCCGGCAAUGAACAUCAUCUCGCUGGACCGAGAGAGGCAGUGGGACAAGGUGGGAACUUACGAGAUGAGCAUCCUCCAAAUGAGGUACCCGGUAUGGCCCCGCUACGGUUCCUACCUGGAGCCCGUGUCUGACUACAGGCACCUUACGGUGGCCACGCUGGAGGAGCGGCCUUUUGUUAUCGUGGAGGCCGUGGACCCUGUGACCGGAACCUGCGUCAGCAACACGGUGCCGUGCAGACGACAGUCCAACAAGACGGAGGCAAUCGUGGGCCACACGGAGCCGUACACCAAGCUGUGCUGCAAGGGAUUCUGCAUCGACAUCCUCAAGAAGUUGUCGCGCAACAUCAAGUUCUCCUACGACCUCUACCUCGUCACCAACGGGAAGCACGGCAAGCUGGUGCGUGGCAUCUGGAACGGCAUGAUUGGAGAGGUAUUCUACAAGCGUGCCGACAUGGCCAUCGGCUCGCUGACCAUCAACGAAGAACGCUCAGAGAUUAUCGACUUCUCUGUGCCGUUCGUGGAGACGGGCAUCAGCGUCAUGGUGGCCAGGAGCAACGGCACUGUCUCACCGUCUGCCUUCUUAGAGCCGUACAGUCCCGCUGUGUGGGUGAUGAUGUUCGUAAUGUGCCUCACUGUGGUCGCCAUCACGGUGUUCGUCUUUGAAUACUGCAGCCCGGUGGGCUACAACCGCAGCCUGGUUUCGGCUAAAGAGCCUGGAGGCCCCACCUUCACCAUCGGCAAGUCGGUGUGGCUUCUGUGGGGAAUCGUCUUCAACAACUCGGUGCCCAUCGAGAACCCCAAGGGGACCACCAGCAAGAUCAUGGUGCUUGUGUGGGCUUUCUUUGCCGUCAUCUUCCUGGCGUCCUACACGGCUAACUUGGCCGCCUUCAUGAUCCAGGAGCAGUACAUCGACACCGUGUCCGGCCUGAGCGACAAGAAGUUCCAGAAGCCACAGGAGCAAUAUCCUCCAUUCCGCUUCGGCACGGUGCCCAACGGCAGCACGGAGCGCAACAUCCGCAGCAACUACCCCGAGAUGCACUCACACAUGGUCAAGUACAAUCAGAAGGGGGUCGAGGAUGCCCUCAACAGCCUCAAGACCGGGAAGCUGGACGCCUUCAUCUACGACGCCGCCGUGCUCAACUACAUGGCGGGAAAAGACGAGGGCUGUAAACUGGUCACCAUCGGCAGCGGCAAAGUCUUCGCCACCACUGGCUACGGCAUCGCCUUGCAGAAGGACUCGCGAUGGAAGAGGCCCAUCGACCUGGCCCUGCUGCAGUUCCUGGCUGACGGUAGUGCCAAUAUUUCUCAUGCUUGCCCAAUCUUGAUGCCUGUGGUUGUGAUUUUGUGGUUCCGUAUGCCAGGUGACACUCAGAAGCUGCAGACGGUGUGGCUGACGGGCAUAUGCCGCAAUGAGAAGAAGGAGGUGAUGAGCAGCAAGCUGGACAUUGACAACAUGGCGGGCGUCUUCUACAUGCUUCUGGUGGCCAUGGGCCUCAGCCUGCUGGUGUUCGCCUGGGAGCAUCUGCUCUACUGGAAGCUGCGACACUCGCUGCGAAAGUCCCAACGCCUCGACUUCCUCCUGGCCAUUAGCAGGGGCAUCUACAGCUGCUUCAGUGGCGUGGAGCACACGGAUCGCAACGGCAGCAUUCAAAGUCCUGACGUCACCAGCAACUACUCACAGGCCAACAUGCUAAAGAUGCUAAAGACUGCUAAGGAUAUGGUGUCCUCCGCCCGGGUGGAGAACUCCCUGGACAGUGCCACCAAGACCCUGGAGAGCUGGAGUCGGCGGGGUGCGACUGACAACACCCGGGCUGGCCCCCCACCUCGUGUGGCCACCACUGCAGACGUGGCGCACUGCCGCCUGCCCUACAUCACCGGCAUCACAGACAACCACUCGCCCUACCCGGUGAGGAGCCGCACCCCUACUUUCCCCGGCCACUAUGGGGAUGCCGCCGCCCAGCCGCUCUUGGACAAACCACGGGUGGUCACCCGGCCCACAGCGCUACGCUACACGCUUCCCACCCGCAACAACCACUUGGAGAGGACCCUCCCCAUCUCCAGCCUCAGCACACCCCACCUCGCCAUGCCCGAUGUAUCGCCCACUUCGACCACUCAGCCCCACCACACCGGCCGGCUCUAUGUGGAGAACCCCUUGCGGCACCAGUCAUCCCCAUUCAUCACCUACCGGGAAAUCCAGGUUCCCAAUGUCUACGUGGAACAUAAACCCCCCCUGAGGAGGAAGCUGAGCUACCCGCCCGACUGUGGGGGCCGCAGGAGGCGGAACUAUGUGCUCGACGCCCCUGACUUGAGACCGAGGGCCAACUAUGACGAGCCGCGAUCCUGCCUGGCUGAACUCAGAGCCAACCAGCUGAUGAAAAACCAUACCCCGGAUGCUACCCCAGGACACUACCCUUGUGCCGCCCCAGGACACUACCCAUGUGCGGCCACCAGCUGCAACUCUUGCAUGAAGUCGUACCUCGAACCUGAGAUGGACGACGUACCCCUGCUUGGCAAGGAUAAACUCAACCGCAGAGCCUCUUUCCUUAAAGCCACCUGGGGCAACGAGCGCAUUCGACAGGUGGAUGAGACCAAACCAUCUACCUCCAAGUCUCCCCGCAACGACAUGCCCGACCUGUUCCCGCGGGUGGUGGUCCCGGCCAAGGCCCACAAGCUGUAUGGCAGCCUGGGCCAUAACCUGUCCUGCUAUCCACUGACCGCCGAGCCUGCCUACUUGGACCCGGCCCAUAUGGGCUCAUACCCUUACAAGCAGAAACUCAAGCACGCCGACUCUACUCGGCUGCCGUCUUACCGGGAGGCGAUCCUGCAGAACACCGCCGCCCUCCGCCGGUCCUCAUCCACGCUGGUGCACAGACACUACUCCACCUACCUGAACUCCUACUCGGACCUACCGGCAUACAUCGCACCACCAACCCAGUUCUACGACAGCCCCAAAGACAUGUACCACCUGUUCCCGUGUGCCACCCACUGCCCAGAACACCCCGCCACCCGGCCCGUGGCCUAUCAGAACAGCAUGUUUGGGGCAGAGCGGGACGAGCCUGUUUCGGGGGGCAGGGAACGCCGGCAGGUGUUGGUGGCGCGCCGGGUGAACAGUCCAUUUGUGCCAAAACCCUGGGGAAGGGUCUCCAGCCUGGAGUCAGAGGUGUGAAGUGAAAGUGACCACCACCAGUGUAUUUUGAGAGGUCACCUCUCUGUUCUCAGUGCAAUAAAAUCACAAGACACUGACUCAUGACUGGGACAAACCAGGAACAAACUCUUUCAAAGCAUUUAACAAGUUAACCUCUGUAAUGUUUAAAUGCUCAUACAGUGGUACCUUGAUUUACAGGUGAUCCAACUUCGGAGUUUUUCAGUUUGAGUAAUUGCUUUGUGGAUUUUGACAAAAGGUGAAGUAAAUCAGCAGUUCCUGGACUGCAUGUGAGUAAAGAACCUUCAGCUUUUUUUUAAAACAGGACAAACGGACAAAUACCAAAACAAAAAAUACAAAAUGAGAUCACUUAUUUGGAGCUGCUGUAGGUACAACUUUAGCCCAGACGCUCACACGCAGACUAACUCGCCAAGUCCCCAAUCUCACUCAAAAAAUGCUUGUCGCCAAUUUCCCUGAACAAGAAAAAAAAUCAGUUUUUAGAGAGACCUGGAACGGAUUAUUUGCAAUUAAAUUCAUUUCGAUGGGGAUAAAUGAUUUUAUAUGUGUGCAAAUUGAGUUAGUAGUCGAAUUUAACUUGUAAAGCAAGGCACCACUGUGUGCGUGUGUGUGUGUGUGUGCGUGUGUGUGCGUGUGUGUAUGUGUGUGUGUGUGUGUGUAUAGAUAUAUAUCUUCACAUUUGUUUUACUUUUCUAAAAUGAUUUGAAGUUAAAUUUAUGCCAUCACUAUUAUAGCGACCAAUCUUUCGCUCACAAGGGGAAUGUAUAUCAAAACGUAUAAUGUGUAUUUCCAAUGUUACACUACCCUUUAAUAAACAACAAGGUCAUUGGUCCGCCUCGCUCUCCACCUGAA